AAGUUCGACCAGAUGAUAAUCUUAAACCUGAAGGUGAGUUUUAUGUUCCCGAAAAAACACAAUUCAAGCCCGCAGAGAAAACACAACGAGUUAUUCGUAAAGAUAAUUUGAAGACAGAAGGUGAAAUGACAUUCGUUGAGAGGGAAGAAUAUCAAUAUGUAGUCAGACCAGAACAAGUAAAACCAACUGAUAACUUAAAGCCUGAAGGAAAAUUCUAUACACCAGAUAAAGUUGAUUUUGAACCUGCUGAGAGACCUAUUCAAAAGAAACCAGAAGACAAUUUACGACCAGAAGGUGAAUUCUACACUCCAGAAAAACCGAAAUACAAACCAGGAGAAAGACCAACACAAGUUCGGCCUGAUGAUAAUCUCAAACCUGAAGGCGAGUUCUAUGCUCCAGAAAAACCAAAAUAUAAACCUGGUGAGAGACCAACUCCAGUUCGACCAGAUGACAAUCUCAAACCUGAAGGUGAAUUUCAUACUCCAGAAAAACCAAAAUAUAAACCUGGAGAAAGACCGACACAAGUUCGACCAGAUGAUAACCUUAAACCUGAAGGUGAAUUCUAUGUUCCCGAAAAAACACAAUUCAAGCCCGCAGAGAAAACACAACGAGUUAUUCGUAAAGAUAAUUUGAAGACAGAAGGUGAAAUGACAUUCGUUGAAAGGGAAGAAUAUCAAUAUGUAGUCAGACCAGAACAAGUAAAACCCACUGAUAACUUAAAACCUGAAGGAAAAUUCUAUGCACCAGAUAAAGUUGAUUUUGAACCUGCUGAGAGACCUGCACAAAAGAAACACAAAGACAAUUUACGACCAGAAGGUGAAUUCUACACUCCAGAAAAACCGAAAUACAAACCAGGUGAGAGGCCAACUCAAGUUCGGCCCGAUGAUAAUCUCAAACCUGAAGGCGAGUUCUAUGCUCCAGAAAAACCAAAAUAUAAACCUGGUGAGAGACCAACUCAAGUUAGACCUGAUGACAACCUCAAACCUGAAGGUGAAUUCUAUGCUCCAGAAAAACUGAAAUAUAAGCCAGGUGAAAGACCAACUCAAGUUCGACCAGAUGACAACCUACGUCCUGAAGGUGAAUUCUAUACACCGGAGAAGCCAACGUUUAAGCCGGCUGAACGUCCCAUUCAAAAGAAACCCGAAGAUAAUUUGCGGCCAGAGGGUGAGUUUCAUAGUCCCGAAAAACCAAAAUAUAGACCAGGUGAAAGACCAACUCAAGUUCGACCUGAUGAUAAUCUCAAACCUGAAGGCGAGUUCUAUGCUCCAGAAAAACCAAAAUAUAAACCCGGUGAAAGACCAACUCAAGUCCGACCUGAUGACAACCUCAAACCUGAAGGUGAAUUUUAUACUCCGGAAAAACCAAAGUAUAAACCAGGUGAAAGACCGACACAAGUUCGACCUGAUGAUAAUCUGAAACUUGAAGGUGAAUUUUAUGUCCCCGAAAAAACACAAUUUAAGCCCGCAGAGAAAACACAACGAGUUAUUCGUAAAGAUAAUUUGAAGACAGAAGGUGAAAUGACAUUCGUUGAGAGGGAAGAAUAUCAAUAUGUUAUCAGACCAGAACAAGUAAAACCCACUGAUAACUUAAAGCCUGAAGGAAAAUUCUAUGCACCAGAUAAAGUUGAUUUUGAACCUGCUGAGAGACCUGUCCAAAAGAAACACAAAGACAAUUUACGACCAGAAGGUGAAUUCUACACUCCAGAAAAACCAAAAUAUAAGCCGGGUGAGAGACCAACUCAAGUUCGACCAGAUGACAACCUCAAACCUGAAGGCGAGUUCUAUGCUCCAGAAAAACCAAAAUAUAAACCUGGUGAGAGACCAACUCAAGUUCGACCUGAUGACAACCUCAAACCUGAAGGUGAAUUCUAUGCUCCAGAAAAACUAAAAUAUAAACCAGGUGAAAGACCAACUCAAGUUCGACCAGAUGAUAAUCUUAAACCUGAAGGUGAAUUCUAUGUUUCCGAAAAAACCCACAAUUUCAAGCCCCAUAAAGUUGAUUUUGAACCUUGCCUGAGCGACCUGUCAAAGAAACACAAAGACAAUUUACGACCAGAAGGUGAAUUCUACACUCCAGAAAAACCAAAAUACAAACCAGGUGAAAGGCCAACUCAAGUUCGGCCUGAUGACAAUCUCAAACCUGAAGGCGAGUUCUAUGCUCCAGAAAAACCAAAAUAUAAACCUGGUGAGAGACCAACUCAAGUUCGACCUGAUGAUAACCUCAAACCUGAAGGUGAAUUCUAUGCUCCAGAAAAACUAAAAUAUAAACCAGGUGAAAGACCAACUCAAGUUCGACCAGAUGACAACCUACGUCCUGAAGGUGAAUUCUAUACACCGGAGAAGCCAACGUUUAAGCCGGCUGAACGUCCCAUUCAAAAGAAACCCGAAGAUAACUUGCGGCCAGAGGGUGAGUUUCAUAGUCCCGAAAAACCAAAAUAUAGACCAGGUGAAAGACCAACUCAAGUACGACCUGAUGAUAAUCUCAAACCUGAAGGCGAGUUUUAUACUCCAGAAAAACCAAAAUAUAAACCUGGAGAAAGACCAACUCAAGUUCGACCAGAUGAUAAUCUUAAACCUGAAGGUGAAUUCUAUGUUCCCGAAAAAACACAAUUCAAGCCCGCAGAGAAAACACAACGAGUUAUUCGUAAAGAUAAUUUGAAGACAGAAGGUGAAAUGACAUUCGUUGAGAGGAAAGAAUAUCAAUAUGUAGUCAGACCAGAACAAGUAAAACCCACUGAUAACUUAAAGCCUGAAGGAAAAUUCUAUGCACCAGAUAAAGUUGAUUUUGAACCUGCUGAGAGACCUGUUCAAAAGAAACACAAAGACAAUUUACGACCAGAAGGUGAAUUCUACACUCCAGAAAAACCGAAAUACAAACCAGGUGAAAGGCCAACUCAAGUUCGGCCUGAUGACAAUCUCAAACCUGAAGGCGAGUUCUAUGCUCCAGAAAAACCAAAAUAUAAACCUGGUGAGAGACCAACUCAAGUUAGACCUGAUGACAACCUCAAACCUGAAGGUGAAUUCUAUACUCCAGAAAAACUAAAAUAUAAACCAGGUGAAAGACCAACUCAAGUUCGACCAGAUGACAACCUACGUCCUGAAGGUGAAUUCUAUACACCGGAGAAACCAACAUUUAAGUCGGCUGAACGUCCCAUUCAAAAGAAACCCGAAGAUAACUUGCGGCCAGAGGGUGAGUUUCAUAGUCCCGAAAAACCAAAAUAUAGACCAGGUGAAAGACCAACUCAAGUUCGACCUGAUGAUAAUCUCAAACCUGAAGGCGAGUUUUAUACUCCAGAAAAACCAAAAUAUAAAUCUGGAGAAAGACCAACUCAAGUUCGACCAGAUGAUAAUCUUAAACCUGAAGGUGAAUUCUAUGUUCCAGAAAAAACACAAUUCAAGCCCGCAGAGAAAACACAACGAGUUAUUCGUAAAGAUAAUUUGAAGACAGAAGGUGAAAUGACAUUCGUUGAAAGGGAAGAAUAUCAAUAUGUAGUCAGACCAGAACAAGUAAAACCAACUGAUAACUUAAAGCCUGAAGGAAAAUUCUAUGCACCAGAUAAAGUUGAUUUUGAACCUGCUGAGCGACCUGUCCAAAAGAAACACAAAGACAAUUUACGACCAGAAGGUGAAUUCUACACUCCAGAAAAACCAAAAUAUAAGCCGGGUGAGAGACCAACUCAAGUUCGACCAGAUGACAACCUCAAACCUGAAGGCGAGUUCUAUGCUCCAGAAAAACUAAAAUAUAAGCCCGGUGAAAGGCCAACACAAGUUCGACCUGAUGAUAAUCUCAAACCUGAAGGUGAGUUCUACUCUCCAGAAAAAGCAAAGUUUAAACCUGCUGAAAAAAUACAACGAAUUAUUCAUAAAGAUAAUUUGAAGACAGAAGGUGAAAUGACAUUUGUUGAAAGGGAUGAAUAUCAAUAUGUAGUCAGACCAGAGCAAGUAAAACCAACUGAUAACUUAAAGCCUGAAGGGAAAUUCUAUACACCUGAUAAAACUGAUUUUAAACCUGCUGAGCGACCGGUCCAGAAAAAACCAGAAGACAACUUGCGACCAGAAGGUGAUUUGUUUAUACCAGGUAAAUCGCAGUACCGACCUGCUGAGAAGACUAAGAAGGUUAUUCAUAAGGAUAAUCUACGAACCGAAGGUGAAAUGACAUUUAUCGAGAAAGACGAGUAUCAGUUUACUAUUCGGCCGAAUCAAAUUAAACCAAGCGAUAAUUUAAAACCAGAAGGCGUAUUUUAUACUCCACAAAAAUCUGACUUCAAGCCCGCAGAGCGUCCUAUUCCAAAAAUACCUGAGGAUAAUUUACGUCCUGAAGGUCAAUUUUAUGGCCCUGCAAAGCCGGAAUACAAACCUGGAGAGAGGCCAACACCUGUUAAACAUGAUGAUAAUUUGAAACCUGAAGGAGAUUUUUAUGUUCCGGAAAAAACUCAACAUAAGCCUGCUGAAAAAGCUCAGCGUGUUAUACGAAAGGAUAAUUUGAAAACAGAAGGUGAUAUGACUUUCAUUGAAAAGGAAAAAUAUCAGUUCACUGUACGACCAGAGCAAGUGAUUCCAGCGGAUAAUUUGAGACCUGAAGGUGAAAUUUGUGUUCCUGAAAAGCCGUCAUUUAAGCCAGCUACUAAAACUGAAAGAAUUAUACAUAAAGAUAAUUUGAAAGUUGAGGGUGAAAUGAUUUUCACCACCAAAGAUGAAUAUAUGUUUGUAGAAAAACAGAAGCCAGUAAAGCAUACAGACAAUUUGAAACCUGAGGGUGAAUUUUACUCUCCUACCAAAACAGUAUAUCGUGCAGCAGACCGUCCCGUUCAAAAGAAACCAAAAGAUAAUUUAAAAUCCGAAGGUAGUUUUUAUGUUCCUGAAAAGACUUCAUUUAAAACUGCAUCAAAAUCAGAGCGAAUAAUUCAUAAAGACAAUUUGAAAAUGGAAGGAGAUAUGUGUUUUACGCAAAAAGAAAGCUAUAAAUACGUGAAAAGACCGCAACAAGUAAAACCUACUGAUAAUUUGAAAUCUGAGGGCGAGUUUUACAGUCCAGAUAGUACGAAAUAUGUACCAGCAGAACGACCUCAAGUUAAAAAGCCUGUUGAUAACUUAAAAAGUGAGGGUGAUUUUUAUAGAAUAGAGGAUAAGAAAACAACUAGAAAAAUAACUGCAAGUGACAACGUUGUAAAGGAUAGAACCGAAAGAAUUAUUCCAAAAAAACCUACAGACAACUUAAAAUUGGAAGGUACCAUGGAUAUGCAAAGGAGAGAAGAUUUCAAAUCUACAAACACCAUUACAAAGACAUCUCAAACAGUCUCUAAAAUUAAACAAACUCACAAUGCUUCUUCGAUAAACUUAGGAAGUGAUCAAUCUAUACUUAAGACAACUAACCAAAUGAGUUUUGCUUCUGGUAAAAAUACAAACGUCACAAAUGGAAAUACGAAAUCUCCAGCGGACGGCUUGAUAGUUGUAUCUACAAAGAAGGUAACGACUGUUAUAGGGAGCCGCAAUAAGAAGGAACCGGAAACUGAAUUUGUAAAGCGAAAUGAAAAGGUAAAUAUAAUCGAAAAUACUACAAAAUCGACUAACGCGACAAAGACUAUUAAUAUUGAAAAUAAGCACAGUGAUAUUGUGUCAGUAAAGGAAAAUCAUGUAACACGUGCUAAUCAGAGAAGCAUAACUGAUCAACGUGAUAGUUUAGGAACAAUAAUAGCGAAUGUUGCAACACAAAAUACUGUUUCCAAUAAUGAAUGCAAAAAUGUAUCUAAUGUCUCAAAUAUGACACAUUUAUCCAAUGUUUCAAAAGUAUCCAAUAUUUCAAAUGUGUCCAAUGUUUCAAAUGCAUCCAAUAUUUCUUCUUCAAAACAGUACCAUCACCGCAAAGGUGAGCUUUCCAGCGAAUCGGAUAUAACUAACUCCAUUUUUCAUCGUAAGAAUGUAUCAACUGACUCGAAUCAAUUUGGUGGUCUAUCAUCAAAUGGAAAAAUUCACCGUAAGAGUAUUCUAAAUUUGCACGAACAUUCCAUUGGUGGCAUUCCAAGCGAAAGAAAAAGUUAUAGCAGCAUACACAGGCAAAACAAAGAGUUAGAUUCUUGUUUAUCAACAUCUUCGAAUGAACGUCAAACUUAUAAUGUUGCACACAAAUCGUAUGAUGCUAAAUCAGCAUCUUCGGCAUCAUCAUCAACGAUGACUCGUAUUAUAACUGGCGAAUAUGCAUUACCAUCAACCACACGUACAGAACGCAUAAUUACUCGAAGGAAUGGUGGUCAAUCUUCUUUUACCCUCGGGUCUGAUACGGCAACAUCUUCAAGUCUUUACAAAAGCGAAUAUAAAGGACCUGCUUCAACAACAUGUGCUAUACACAAAAUCCAGCAAGGUGCCUAUCAACAUACCCGAGAUACAAAAGAUCAUAAGUUCUUCAAAAGUUCUAAAUAGUGUCUAAGUCUAAACAAUUAACUAUAAUAUAUAUAUAGCCAUCGCACGAUUUUCUACAUUUUUAAUAUAAUAUCCUUUCUGUAAAUUUCAGAGAAUGUAAACUUAAUACAUGAAACAUAUAAUUACUAACCAUUUUUUGAAUAAUUCUAAUAAAAAUAUUUUUAAAU